AUGGGAGAGUUGCCGAGAGCACUCCUCCCGAAGUUCAACAAGGCCAAGGAGGACGGAGAUCAGGAGGCCCAGACCAAGCUCCUGGCCGUCUGCCCAGACUUGGAGGCUGCGUGGAAGCCGCCUCCAGAGACCUCACCAGUGGAGCGCCUGGCUCAGAAGGCGCAACAGCUCCGCCAGCUCCAGGCGCAGCAGGGGCGGAUCAAGAACCAGCUGGUGCAGGCGGCCCAGACGCUCAAGGAUAUGCAGACCAAGCUCAGGACCAACAUUGAUGAGUGCCAGUCGGCGCAGGCUGAGAUUGACGAAUUGGUUGGCAAGACCAAGGCAGCAGGACCUCAGUCGGAAGCACGGCGAGCACAACAGGCUCAUCAAGAACAGGAAAAAGAAUUCCCAGAGUUGGAGACCGAGGAGUUGGCGUCCCUCGACGAGCCCACUCGGAAACAGUACGAAGAAGCGGCAGCGGCUCACAAGCAGGCUCGCAACGUGCUCAAGUCGGCCACCGACGCGGGCAAGGCGGCGCGAGAGGCUGCAGAGAGGCUGCGAACGCUGCACCAUUCCAUCAAGAGGCGCAGAGGGGCGGGAGGUGAAGCCCAAGGAGCAGAUGCAGCAGCGGCGAAGCCAGACGAGAGCGCCGCAGCGGCAACUCCAGAGGCGGUUGACUUCACGGACCCGAGCGCGAUCGACCAGUACAUUGCCAAGACAGCGGCGCUCCGUGCCAGGGCCAAGGGGGCAGCCAGCGUUGCACCGUCGAGCUGCUGA